AUGUCUGCACAACCCGAGGCAUCUAGCAGCACCCUCCCGAACCCCCAGCCGCCUCUCUGCUCCGUCUGUCAUGACAAACCGGCGAUUUACACCUGCCCGCGAUGCUCAAUGCGAACAUGCACCAUGUCAUGCUCCAACCAACACAAGACGCUAGGCGUAGGGUGCUCCGGCGUGCGCAACAAAGCCGCGUAUGUGCCGAUGAACGAGUACGGGUACAUGUCGCUCAUGAGUGACUACACCUUCCUCGAGGAGAUGGGGCGGAAAGUCGGCGACUGCGGGCGCGAGAUCGUACAGGGCGGAUUCACGGCGAACGCUGCGGGCGCGGGACGUGGCAGGAUUGCUACGAGCAUGCGAGGCGGAAGAGGGAGAGGACGGGGGAGAGGGGCCGGGGCAGCGGGGGGCAAGACGCGGUCGAAGAGGGACGUGCUGAAGAUGCAGCUGGACUUCCGGGACAUCGAGAUGGAGAUGCUUCCCAACGGUAUGGAGAGGCGGAUCCUCAACCAGUCGACGUGGGAUUUCAAAAAUCGCACUGCGCUGCUCACCAUCGAACUAAGAUUCCAUCCUCCGCCCGACCCACUCCAGCCCUCUUCACACCAGACUCGCCAGCCGUUCUCUCUCUUGACACACCGUAACGCGCUCGAGAAACCGCUCCUAGAGGCCAUGCGUGCGCAGGUCGCGGAGCGCAAAAAGUCCAAGAAGGGCGACCCGUUUCCGAAGUGGAUCAGUCCUCUCGUCUUCCCUGACCCAGACGACCCCGAUGGCUUCACCAUGCCCGUAUGCGUCAUGCGCACUCCGCUCGACCCUCUAGCAUCGUUGAAGUCGCGUCCAGAAAGCGUCGGCCCACGCCCAGGGCACGUACGCUGCGAAGCAUACUACAAGCUCGACCCAACGAAUACCAUCGGUGUCAACCUGAAGCACAAGAACUUCGUGGAGUUUCCGACGAUCGAGAUAUGGGAGGACGGGUCUUUCCGGGGGACGAUAGUGGACGACCAAGGGAGUGUCCAGCGGGAAGCAGAGGAGCCUCUGCGGAAGAGACGAAAGUUGAGCGUACGGGAAGGCAAGAGGGCUAUCCACGGUCUGCUAGGAGGGUACGGGAGCGACGAGGAAGGCGAAGAGACGGAAGAGAAGAACGUGCUUGACUUGCUCGGAGGAUACGCUGGGAGCGACGAUGAGGAAACGGGCCAAGCUGCAGACGGCCCGUCACAAGCUAGUGGCCCUGGUCUUGACGAGGAGGACGACGGGUUGUGCGAUGAAGACGCAGAGGGCGAGACAGACGAUGAAUACGAAGCGGCUCCGGAAGACCUCGCCGUUCUCCUGGAGCAGCUCCGCCAGGCAGGCGCGCUUCGAGACCCAGGUGCGGAUGGACGUCUGACAGGGAUGGGCGAGGGUGAUGAGGAGCAGGUGGACUGGGGCGAGUCUGGGGAUGAGCAUGAAGACAUUGAUACAUAG